AUGAAAUUUUCAUUUUGUUUUUGCCUUAAACGUGAUCGUGCUACGUACAACAUAUCGUCAGAAAAUAUCUACUAUGCAAAUUCGAAAUUAAAACCACCAACAGUAAUACUACCACCAAUUCCAUUAUCAUCCAAUGUAGAAAUGAUACCAAUUGAAUCUGAUUAUGCAAAGAUAAAUGAUCUAUCAGGUGAUGGAGAAAUCAGUAUUGUGAAUAUCGAUCGAACUUCAACAAGACCAAUAGAACAUAGUAAUCCUGGUAAACUAACACCAAUAAGACCGCAAAGACAAUCAUUUGAUGAUAAUUCAGAACUUUAUGCUACUGUAAAUAGAAAACGAACAACUAAAGAUGAACAGAGAAUAAAAACAAAUGCAACGAGUACGAAUGAUGCUAGUUCUCGACAAGAUCUGUCAUCAUCGUCGAUAAUCGAUACUUCACCAACAUUAUAUUCGACCAGAUUCAGUAUGCAUACUCAACAUCCACCACUAAAUCCUCCUCCAUUGCCGCCAUUCCCACCUCAGGUUUAUACGAGUGUAGCAACGAAUCAUCACAGACAGAUUUCUCAUGGUCGUCCAUAUUAUGACGACAUCAUCGUAUGUAAAUCUUCACAAGAUCAUGAUCAAAGUUUACAAACAGAAGAUCAACGAAGUCGAUCCGAACAACCAUUGCAUGAAACUUAUUAUUCAUCUGUAAAUAGUGAACAAGACACGGGAAACGGCAGUGAUAUAUAUGCUGAAAUAGCUAAUAGUAGUUCUUCAGAUGUAGUAUAUCCUAAUUCUCAGUGUCAUUACUAUUCUCGGCCAUCAAAUGAUGCUGGUGCAGGCGAUGAUUCAUCGGAGAGUUAUGCAACUGUUCUUGAACUAUAA